AUAAAAAUCCGGCGAGGAUGAAAGAAAAUCCAAACGCCAAAAACCUUGAACGUAGGAACGAACAACAGCAGUCUUGAGUGGCGAAGCACAACCCGCAGCGCACUUUAGCAUGCCGAAGGGCGGCACUCCCGUUCAGGCUCUCUACGACCUCUGCAAGAAGACGUUUACGCCUUCGGGAAAUGCAGCUUCCCCACAAGCAAUCCGAAAGCUCUGCUCUCUUUUGGAUACAAUUGGUCCCUCUGAUGCUGGACUUAAAGAGGAUAAUUCAGAAGAUGACCGAGGUCAUGGUUUCUUUGGACAGAACCUCUUCAGGAAUCAUCAGUCAACAAGGGUAGCUCGAUGGGCUCAACCUAUAACAUACUUGCACAUAUAUGAAUGCGAUAGUUUUACAAUUGGUAUAUUCUGCUUACCAACUUCAGCAGUUAUUCCACUCCAUGACCAUCCUGGGAUGACUGUCUUGAGCAAAAUACUCUAUGGCUCCAUGCACGUGAAAGCAUUUGAUUGGGUAGAACCUGCCUGCACACCGAAAAGUGGCGAGACAGAGUUUUUCCCUGUGAGAUUGGCGAAGCUGCAGGUGGACACUGUUCUGACAGCACCAUGUGAAACAUCCAUUUUGUACCCCAAGACCGGAGGUAAUCUGCAUUGCUUCACUGCUAUCACGCCUUGCGCUGUGCUUGAUGUCCUUGCUCCUCCAUAUGCUGAAACUGCUGGGAGGCACUGUACUUACUACCGUGAUUAUCCAUAUUCCAGUUUCCAGUCAGAAGAUGGAACUGAAACAUAUGAAAGGGAAGAGGAUCAUGCAUGGCUUGAGGCAAUCGAAGCACCAGAUGACCUCUAUAUACGCCCUGGCAAAUAUGUGGGUCCAGCUGUUCAGCAUAAUUUUCUUUUAUUAGUUCGACAUUGAGGGGCUUCAUUUUUGUUGGAUGAGCUGGGGUUAGGCAGGAUGCCUACUGGGAAUUAGAUAGCAAAUAAUGUUACAGUCUUUCAUUGACCAAUCAUUCUCCAAAACAGACAUCAAAUCGUGUUGAAAAUCACAAGGCCAACCACAUCCAAUCUUCAAAACAAGCAAUCUGCACCUGUAUUAAAUUGUGAGCGCUUUCUCCUUGGAUCAAGAAUUUUCUCUUGGCUAGCCAUGCCCCCUGAAUAAUAGAGGGGAUAUUUCUGAAGAAUUUGAUGAUGAAACCCAAAUGGACGUAAAAUAAGGGAGAAGUUGGAUUCUCAUGAGAGGUCUAAUCAUAUACAUAAAAACCAAAAAGAAGAAACAUUUUUGACAAAAUGGAUGUAAUGUAGAAGACAAAAUUCAUCUGUAAUUAAUGCACAAAUGGUUUUCUAGAAACCCACAAGCUUUGCAUGAAUUCAGAUUAAUGA